AUGGCAAUUUUUCCAGAAGACGAUGAUAUUCAUGUCUCCGGACUGAUCAAACUUUGGGUAGCCGAAGGGUUUAUAAAACCAAAUGAAUCACAAAGCUUGGAAGAGAUUGCACGAGGUUACAUAAAUGAUCUCAUCGACAGGAAUCUCAUUUUAAAACAAUAUUUGGGAUCGAAUAGAAAAGUUCAAAUUUGUAAGAUCCAUGAUCUUUUGAGAGACUUAUGUCUAAAGAUAGUUCAGAAAGACAAGUUUAUGUGUAUGAUGGAAGAAAAUCCAAGAGGAGUAGAAAGUGAACGUCGUAUUGUAUGUAACAGAAAGGGGGUCCGUCGUCAUACUUUGCAAUUAGCACCGCUUACCCGUACUUUGGUAACGAGCACAGACGGUCGAUUGUCCAACAAUAGAUUGUUGAGAGUAAUGUCUUUCAACGAUAAAGCGAAGAAAAAGUAUUUACACCGGCAUAUUGUUGACCAAGUUAACUUGCGGUAUCUUGCUUAUAACGAAUUCAAUAACUCCUCUUCUUCUGUCAAGCUUCCUACGUCGAUAGGCGUACUCUGGAGUUUGCAAACAAUAAUUAUUGGAAGGGAUAUCGAAGCACCGUCUCAAAUUUGGGAGAUGCGACAACUUAUGCAUGUGGAUAUUCGUAAGUUGUACCUUCCCGAUCCUCCUCAGAAUCAAAAACAGGAUGAGUUUGUUUUGCAAAAUCUGCAAAAACUCGGGAAUGUAACAAACUUCGUGUGGAGCGAGGAGGCUUGUAAGAGAGUCGCCAAUGUCAGGAAAUUGCACAUAGAGUACGAUAACGACUCGAAAAGCUCAAAUGACUAUUCGCUCCACAAUAUUAGCCGCUUGUGUAAACUUGAAUCGCUUGCGUUCUUUCCUUACGGUCUACCCAAUUUGUUGCAGAAGCUCACGUUCCCGAGUUCACUCAAGAAGUUGCAUUUAAACGGUUGCGAUGUUCGCUGGGAAGAUUUGUCGGUGAUUGGCUCGUUGCCUUAUCUUGAAGUUUUGAAACUGAGUGUGGGUCGGGUGGAAGGAGAAGUGUGGAAUCCUGUUGAGGGGGAAUUCCUUCGCCUGAAAUUCUUGUCAAUACUUUGUUUUGAUAUUGUUUAUUGGAAUGCAGACUGCUCACAUUUUCCGGUUUUGGAGAAACUUGAACUCAUGGGAAUGGAUAAAUUGGAAGAGAUCCCUUUAGAUAUUGGAGAAAUACCAACGCUUGAACUUGUCCUUUUAUAUAGGUGCACCGAGUCUGCCGCCAUUUCUGCUAUGAAAAUAGCGGUGGAACAAGAGAAUAAUGGUAACGACGUACUUCGAGUUCAAGUUCAUUUCCAUACGAAGGAACAAUUAGAGAGUUUCAAGAAGAAGGUCGAACAAUUAGCAACGAGCUUUACGGGAAAUAAUUUUCAAGCCAAGUAUUUCUAG